GUAUCGGUGAAGGGUGGGACAGGCGGAAGCGACGGCUUGCAGCGCUGACAUAUUCAUUUCUGCCUGCUAGGUUUGGGACAUAUUGUACCAAAAUGCCGGCUUAUCACUCAGCCCUGAUGGAUGCAGACACCAAACUGGUGGGCAAUAUGGCAUUACUGCCCCUCAAAACACAGUUUAAGGGUCCUGCUGCUAGAGAAACUAAAGACACAGACAUCAUUGAUGAGGCCAUUUACUACUUCAAAGCCAAUGUUUUCUUCAAGAACUAUGAAAUAAAGAAUGAGGCUGAUCGAACCUUGAUCUACAUCACUCUUUACAUCUCUGAAUGUCUCAAGAAACUUCAAAAGUGCAGUUCACGGGGCCAAGGAGAGAAGGAGAUGUACACGCUGGGCAUUACCAACUUCCCCAUUCCCGGAGAGCCUGGUUUCCCUCUCAACGCCAUGUAUGCUAAACCCUCUAGCAAGCAGGAGGAAGAAAACAUGAGAGCUUACCUGCAACAAAUCCGCCAGGAGACCGGACUGAGACUGUGUGACAGAGUGUUCGACCCUCAGACAGACAAACCAAGCAAGUGGUGGGUGUGUUUUGUAAAGAAACAGUUCAUGAACAAAAGUCUGUCUGCACCGGGCCAGUAAGAACCUACUCAGGAUCUCAGUUGGUACCUCUGUGCGGGAUGUGGAUGGAUAUUUUUUUUGUCUGUCUGUUUUCUUUAAUGUUUAUGCAAACCUGUUUACCCUUAUUCAGAUUUUGUACUGGUUAUAUCAAGUGUAUUUGAUUUCUGUUCUGUCAUGUAUAACAGCAGAUGAUCAAAUAAAAGUCUAUUGAAGAGAAACA